CCCUCCGCCUCCGACGAGAAGAAGAAGAAGAGGGAGGAGAACUCCCCCUUCCCCUUCCCCUCCCCCUCCCCUCGCCUCCCCCCUCCCCCUCUCGGCCCCCAUCGCGAAACGCCUCCUCCAAAUACGACUUCGUCAAGGUGAAAGUGUGCUUGAGACAACGCGAUCACUACUACGUCCUCUCCAGGUUCCUUCUAAGUAGGAUGUUGACCGUCACGAAGAUUCCUAAUCAUGUUGCUGUCAAGAUUGCUCUUGAACUUAAAAAGCUGCUUGUAGACAACAGCCUCCUUGAUGUUUCACAGUCCGAUUUGGAAGCCAAUCUAUUUAAGCUGAUGGAGCGGCGGGGGUACGGUGAGGAGUACAUAAACCGGUAUAAGAUGAUGACAAAAUUUCAUCACCAAAGAGUUCCUUUCGUUAUUCUUGUGUGUGGAACUGCUUGCACUGGAAAAUCAACAAUUGCCACACAACUUGCUCAACGGCUUAAUUUGCCCAAUGUUUUGCAGACAGAUAUGGUGUAUGAACUACUACGCACAUCAACAGAUGCCCCUCUAACAUCAACACCUGUUUGGGCUCGAGACUUUAAUUCAUCUGAAGAGCUCAUUACAGAGUUUUGUAGGGAAUGCAGAAUUGUUCGUAAAGGCUUGGCUGGUGAUUUAAAAAAGGCGAUGAAAGAUGGAAAGCCUAUCAUCAUAGAGGGUAUACAUCUGGAUCCAAGUAUUUACUUGAUGGAUGAGGAAAAUAGAGAGUCAGUUGAGACAAAUAAAAAACGUGAAGAAUCUCAGCCUUCAGGAGAUAGUGGUGCAACACUAACAGAGCAAAGUUUCGAAAAUGGUUCUGGCCAUGAGAAGAAUUUUCUUCCUACAAAUGAGGAUCAAGAUGAUGAGAAUAUGAAAAUGUCUCCUGAGAUAGAAAGAACUGAGGAGGGGCUAUGUGCUGCUGAAAACAAGGAUUAUCAAGAGUAUAAUUAUCUUGCUGAGAAUUUCUCCAAGCCGAAAGAGGAAAUUCGUAAAGACUCAGAAUCACAAGGCAGUAAUCUUGUCAUGAAAAAAAUCUCUGCUGCUGAACCAAUAAUUGUACCAAUAGUUUUGCGGAUGGCUGAGUUUGAUCACAAGGCGUUGUUAGAGGAAUGGAUAGCCACUAGGAACUUUGGAGAUAAGUGUCUACUGCAGGAUCAUGAUAAGCUUAUCAGUAAUCUUAAAAUUAUCCAGGACUACCUUUGCUCUUUCGAAUCACAGGGACUGACGGUCAUUAAUAUUUCUGCGACUACAUUUCCUCAAACAUUGGAUUGGCUCCAUAGCUAUUUUCUUCAGUGUAUAGAGCGGGGCGUUUCUGCUGCAUCUUGCAAAGCUGUUAAACCGCCAGAAGAGAACUAGAUAGGCACUGUAUAGCUAAACUUUCAGAGGUAGUUACCUUAUACACUUUGUUUGCCUUGUAUGUGCAUUUAAUAUCUAUGUAUAUGUACAUGAGGCAUUAUUUAUGCAAUUCACAGCACCUUACACAAAUUUUCGUUUGCAAUCGAGGAAAAUUAAGUUUAAUCGCAGCAUGCCUACAUGCUUUCCCUUUUCUA